CCACUCGCCACCGCCUGCGCGCCCCCUCCGGACUGUCCUAUCAUGGCCCCCACCCGCCAGCUCGCGCUGCUUCUGCUGCUCCUCGUAGGCGUCCCUGUGGCCGCCGCGGAGUCGAUCCGAGAGACUGAAGUCAUCGACCCCCAGGACCUCCUAGAAGGCCGAUACUUUUCUGGAGCCCUGCCAGAUGACGAGGACGUGGGGGCACCUGGGCAGGAACCCGAUGACUUUGAGCUGUCCGGCUCUGGAGACCUGGAUGACUCGGAGGACCCCGAUACCUUCCCUAAAGUGAUCCAGCCCUUGGAGCCUCUGGAUAACCACAUCCCUGAGAGGGCGGGGCCUGGGAGCCAGGUCCCCAUGGGAUCCAAGGAACUGGAAGAGAACGAGGUCAUCCCCAAAAGGGUGUCACCUUUUGAAGGGGACGACAGUGUGUCUAACAAGGUAGCCAUGUCCAGCACGAGCCAGGGCAGCAGCGUCUUCGAGAGGAGGGACGUCCUGGCAGCCCUGAUUGCAGGUGGCAUCGUGGGCCUCCUCUUUGCCGUCUUCCUGGUCCUGCUGCUGGUGUACCGCAUGAAGAAGAAGGACGAGGGCAGCUACGACCUGGGCAAGAAACCCAUCUACAAGAAGGCACCCACCAACGAGUUCUAUGCGUGAACCUACUCAAGGGCCCUGGCCUGGACUUCAAGGGGGGGUGGGACGCUGAGGGAUUGGAGCAGUGGACGUUAGGGUAGGGGGAGGGCAACCUAAUACUGACCUUUCAGUAUCUCCAGCUCUGAUUACAUUCUAGUGUCAGGAGAUGAGACCUCAUCUUCUGUUGUUCCUGCCCGGCUCUUCUUGAUUCUCUGGGCCUUGAUUGCCCCAGCAGAAAAGUGGGGUGAAGUUUGGCCUCUCUGAGGGCAAGGCUGGGAUUGGAUCACUUCUUAAUCUCCCAGCUUAGCCUGAAUCACACCUCAUCCAGAGUCCCUCCAAAGCCCGGGGCAAAGGGGUUCUGCGUGAACCUGCCCCCCACCCCCCCAGCGGCCUCCUCCUCCUUUUCACAGGCAGUCUCUGCCAGGAGCUGGAAGAAGGAACCAGAAGCCCCUGCACCCUGAGUCUCAGUGGGGACUUGUGAUCACACUACAGGAGGCUCUGAGUAGACCUUGGGCCAUUCUGGGCUCUUUUCAAGUGACUUUUGGAAACCAACCUUUUUUAUUUUGGCAGGGAGGGAGAAGAACUGAAAAGUCCAUACUGAAAUGGAUUUGCUGAAUAUUUGUAAACCUAUUUUUAGUGGGGCUAUUUAAAAAAAAAACAACAACAAGAAGAUUCAUUCCUAAGUGCACAGCCUUUCCCUGCCUAGGCAAGAGAGUGGAGAUUCUGAGAUGCAGCUCCGUCUCACAUGCUUCCCACAGCACCUGCUAAGUCUCUAUUUAAUGGUUUUUUGUUUUCGUUUCUCAAAAAUGAGAGAAGAGCCGGAGAUAUGACUUUUAUUAAUAUUUUUUAUUAUUUAUAGCUUCAGACAGGGCCUCUUCUUCCCCCUUCUCUUUAAACUACCCUCUUCCCUUUUUUUUAUACUUCACAUGCCCCUGCUCAUGAACCUGGCCCUUUCUGAAGUUCCUUCCUCUAAGAAGUAGCUUUUGCUGAAACAUAGUUUUCUAGCAGAUCCCAAAAUAUAAUGUAGGGGAUGGUGGGAUAUUUGUGUCUCUUUUCUUGUAAUAUAUUAUUAUUCUUCCUUGGUUUUAGAGAAAUAGAUAAAUAUAUUUUUUCAGGAAGCAGUGUGAUAUUUCCCAUUUGAAGUCGGCUGGGUGGUUGAGCGGGUGACUUCUGUGCGGCUGGUGGGUUUGGCCUCUCCUCCCCUGCCCUGUCCCUGGUACCUUCUUCCUUUUGGGCCCAGCUGGUGUUCCUUGGUUUGCCUUCUCUAAGCUGCAGAGCUGCAUGGCCAGAUAUGUCCAUGUGGCUCUUUAGAUUUACAUCCAUUAAAAUGACAUAAAGGUGAAAUUUCAUUCCCAGGCCACACUAGUGGCAUUUCAAGUCCUGGGUCGUCACAUGUGACUUGAAUACAUGGCUCUAGAACAGUCCCAUCUAUAGACAGUGCUGCUCUAGGGAACUGAACUGGCCUAACAGGUCAUAGCUCCAGCACUGCUGGGAUGACACUGGUCUCCCUGGACAAGGGUGAGGGAAUGGAGGGUGGGGCUGCUAUCAGGGAGACCAUCCACCCUCUCUGGAGGGGAGAGACCUGGUGGCUUAUUCUGGGCAGGCCGUGUCUCCCCCUGGCCCCACUGGUUGGGGUGGGGGAUCACCCCUCCUGCACCUAGUGGACAUCAGCUCCCUUCUCCAUCCCCAACUUUGGGUCCCAGCUGGCUGGGUCCUCCUCUGCACCCGCAGGCCAUUUUCCUCAGGCUGUGCUGAGAGUGAGCUGCCUCUUCUCUAGCCACCCAAAAAUUGUUACCAAUUUUUUGAUAAAAAGACAAUAAAAACCUGGUACUUUCUAGA